GACAGAAUUGUCUGUGGCGUGCGUUCAAAGGCCGUGCAAAAGCAACUUCUGUCAAAGAAGGAAUUAACGCUGGAGGAAGCGGAGUCGAUAGCAAUAGCCGCUGAAACUGCCGAAAAAGACGCCAGGACAAUGUCCGUAGACGUACCGCCUGUGCUUAAAGUGGAAGCGCAUCGCAAGCUACCAUCGAGAUCAAGCACGGAAAGCGCAGGGCGACUGGAGUGCGGAAGGUGUGGCAGUUUUAGACACGACAGCAACAGCUGUCGAUGGGCUAAAGCCCUAUGUUACUCUUGUGGUCAGAGGGGUCACUUGGCAAAAAUGUGUCGCAGCCGCAAUGGUAACGGUGUUCCCAGCAAUCGGAGAGUUCAUCACGCGAAAGCCUUGGCGGUGGAAGACGCCGUUUCAGAAGAGGACAACAGCGAUAGUGCGCACAUCUGGACGUUGGCGUCAGCACGAAAGAAUGCUCUUCAGCCACCAAUUAGGCGUACGUUUAGUUGGGGAGGCGUGGAUUUAUCCAUGGAAGUAGAUACUGGUUCCCCGGUGUGCGUAAUAUCGCGACAGCUUUUUGAUAAACAUCACAAAUGCUGGCCAAGCUUGAAGCCUUCACACGUGAAGCUAUCCUGCUACAAUGGAAGAUUACCGGUGGUGGGCGAGCUUCAACUUUGUGUGAAAUACCGCGAUAUUUCCGUUAACUGUGCCCUGGUAGUGCUAGACUGCCCCGGACCAAGCCUGUGCGGCCGGGAUCUGCUAAUGCUCCUGGAACAAGCGGGCGUUCCGGUACUACAAGUGACGGGUGAAGGCGAGGCCACGGCGGAUCAAGUGGACUGUCACAGAAUCCAUGCCAUCUGCGACACAUACCAGGACGUUUUCUCAGAAACCUUGGGGUUGAUCAAGGGACCACCAGCCAGCCUCCUGCUGAAGGGCGACGCUGUUCCCAAAUUCUGUAAGGCGAGACCUAUUCCAUAUGCUCUACGUGACAAGGUAUCGCAAGAACUUGACCGGUUAGUGUCGCUGGGUGUAAUAUCGCCAGUCAAGCAUUCGAAUUGGGCGACGCCCAUUGUACCCGUUCUGAAGAAAGAUGGGUCGGUCAGAAUUUGCGGUGAUUUUAAAGCUACUCUAAAUCCUGCUUGCGCCACGGAGCAGUACCCACUUCCGGUAAUUCAAGAUAUCUUUGCGUCAUUAGGAGGAGGCCAGUUGUUCAGUACGCUCGACUUGCGGGAUGCUUAUAACCAGGUGCUUUUGGACGAGGACUCUCGGAAGCUUUGCGUUAUCAACACUCACAAAGGCCUGUUUUGUUACAAUAGGCUACCGUUCGGCAUUUCCUCGGCUCCCGCAAUUUUCCAAAGAAAACUUGAUACCAUACUAUCUGGGUUACCUGGCGUUCAGGCUUACUUGGAUGACGUUCUAGUCGCGGAAAGGGUUGAAGACUGCGGAGCUCGAUUGCAAAUGGUGUUAGAACGGUUCAGAGAACACGGUGUGAAGCUCAGAUACGAUAAGUGUAAAUUUAGCCAGCCAUCUGUCUCUUAUCUUGGGCAUCGUAUUGAUCGUACCGGCCUUCACCCAACUGAGAAAAAUGUAGAUGCUAUCAUGAAUGCCCCUAGUCCCCAAAACCUAAGUGAGCUGCGUUCGUUCCUUGGUAUGAUCUCGUUCUAUUCAAAGUUUUUGCCGAAUAUGUCCGAUACACUGUUCCCAUUGUACCAGUUGCUAGAAAAAAACGCACGCUGGCAGUGGAAGUUAUCACAGGAAUCUGCAUUUCGGAAGGCAAAGCAGCAUCUUAAGGACGCCGAGGUACUUGUGCAUUUUGAUCCAUCGCGGAAACUGAAGUUGGAAUGUGACGCAUCCGCUCGUGGUAUAGGCGCUGUUCUUUUUCACACAAUUGGAAGCACCAACAGACCAGUCGGGUUCCGUUCCCGAACCCUGACAAAAGCCGAAAGAAAUUAUUCUCAAUUAGAACGAGAAGCACUGGCACUUGUUUUUGGGGUGACUAAGUUCCGGGAUUACCUUUUAGGUCGAGAGUUCGUCCUCGUUAGCGACCACCAGCCACUUCUAGGACUGCUGAGGCCCGACCGCCAGACGCCUGCCAUGGCUGCAGCUCGCAUCCAACGCUGGGCCCUCUACCUGGGAGGCUACCGUUACAAGCUCGAAUAUGCUCCGGGAAGGCUGCUACUGAAUGCGGAUGCACUGAGCAGACUGCCUCUGCAGGGCUCCGAUCUCGUCACGGAACCUGACCCUGAAGAAAGGACUCCCCAGAAAACCGGAAAGUCGCCAUCGGAAAUGCUGCUGGGGUACCAGAUACGAUCGCGCCUGGACACCUGCUUCCCUGCGGCGACUGUGUCUAAUUCUAAAAAGGAAAACGACGAGUGGUUGCCUCCAACGGACUGUAGUGUACAUGUCCGCAACUACGGGUCAAAUGGUAAAUGGAUACCAGGACGGGUAACAGCGACAUCGGGAGGACGGAUGAUCACAGUGGAGACUCCUCAAGCAAUCAUGCGGCGUCACAUCGACCAAGUGCGCACCCGCACUGAAUCGUCUCCAGAUGAACCACCAGGAACCGACCCAGGCUUGAUCAGCAGAGACCGUACUCAGAGCGCACCGCCACUCUGCCAAGAGCCAUCCGCGAGCCCCGAAGACGCGGGAGAAUCUUCACCCCAAGAAGCGUUUCGAGACCUGGACCACCAGAUACCUGUUCCACCACUCGUGGCAUCCGGGGCAGACCAAGUACCCAUGCAACCUGUUCGACGCUCCACAAGAUCCCGCAAACCAGUGCAGCGUUUUUAAGAGGGAAGAAAUGUUGUAAAUAUGGUAUCAAACCGCCGCGUCAUGUGCGCGCUGUCAAUGCGCAGGCGCCAAGUUCUUUUUGUCUAUGUUCACUCCUCCCUUUCCCUUUCCCCUUUCGCUUUAUAUAUACGUGCAUUAAACACCUGUGCGUUUGUUCUCGGCUAACCA